AUGUGCUUCCCAGACAAGUCUACGCUCUUCCUGAUUCAUGGCCAUCGCUUGUCUCUCUUCAACUUCAGCACCAACAGGGGCGAUGCAUUCCUCCUUCCACUCCUCUCCGUGGACGUUUGCAAAAACACCAGAAGCUCCAUGGAUGAAUAUACAGACAAGGUCACGCUUGACCGUGACGACUCUACUCACAUGUCCCCAGUAAGCCUCAGAGGGAAAAUACUUGCAUCUAGGGGUGUUGCAAACUUCCUAGAAGACCGGCUGCUCACUAGACUUCUAGAGCAAGUCGUUCCAAAGGAGGAUACUAGCCUCGAUGAUGAGCCCGCCCUGUUUGGCCUGAGGAGUGUGCCUCCGCUCCAUGAGAAGCCUGCCUUCAGUCUACCUUUGAUGACUGCGAAUUUUCGCCGUUUCAAUUCGAGAAUCGGUAUUGUUUUCGAAUUCCAGAGACAAGUCGAGCGGCUUCUAAGUUGGUCGAAGCCGACACACACCCUAUCGUUCUUGAUCGUUUAUUCAUUUGUUUGUCUUGAUCCAUAUCUUCUUGUUCCCAUACCCUUUGCUGUAAUUUUAAUCCUUAUCAUGGUUCCUUCAUUCUUAGCACGCCAUCCUCCCCCUCCAUCUACAUCUACCUCCAGUACUGUUCCUUAUUAUUCGUACCAUGGCCCAGCACUUGCUCCGCCAAAAGUCAUCAAUCCGGCUCCUGAGUCGUCGAAAGACUUCUUUCGCAACAUGCGAGAUUUGCAGAAUACCAUGGCGGAUUUCUCUGAUCUGCAUGACGCCACAAUCGCUGUCUUCGGGCCUAUGACGGACUUUUCCAAUGAGAGUAUCUCGUCGAUUGUAUUUCUAUUAUGUGUCUUUGCCACGGCAAUUUUGUUCCUUACGGCGCACUUGCUUCCGUGGAGAUUUAUUUUUCUUUUUGCUGGCAAUGCUGCCGUCCUUUCAAUUCACCCAAGCUUCCGGCUUCUGUUUAGCCAGUCUAAUAAAAGCGCACCGGCGGAUGAGAAACCUCCUGCAACAACAUCAGGUGGAAAGAAAACACCUGAUGGUUCAGCAACUCCCUUGGAGUCAACACCAUUUUCCGAUCUGUCUCUGCUGGAUUCAGCAGUUCAGAUUUCCUUGGACACUUACACUGAAGAACGGGAGGUGGAGAUAUUCGAACUCCAAUAUCGGUCUCUGGCCCCACACUCAGAGUCCCACUGGGAGCAUUUCUUAUUUACUCCUUUGCCUCAUGACCCACUUUCACCUGCUCGUAUUGCCGGAGAGCGUCCAAGGGGUUGUCGGUUCUUUGAGGACGUUCGAACCCCCCCAGGCUGGGCCUGGAAAAGCAAGACCUGGGAGCUGGACCUUAACUGUGAAGAAUGGGUUGUGGAGCGCAUGAUUACUGGUGUUGGGUUCGAAGCCUCCGGGAAUUCUUCCGAUAGUAGUGGCUCGAGCGAUUUGCCCGCCGGCUGGGUGUGGGAUCUACCACCUAGUCCGCCUUCGCGUGAUGAAGAUGAAGAAGUCGUGCCGACUUUGGCCUAUGGUGAUUUGAAGGAAUCGAAGAAAGAAGACCAUGACGAUCAUCAUAGCCAUCAUCACCACUAUAAGUUCAUCAGCAAGUUAAGAGAAAGGGGGAAGUCGAAAGCCUCACCGCGCGACUGGGAAGAGAAGGUUGUAGGACCAGACGGAAUGGGUGAGUGGAGGAGAAGACGAUGGGUGCGGGUUGUCCACAGGAUCAGUGUCCGGUCUUUCAAGGAGAAGAGCAAGCCAAACGAUCAUGCGCAUUGA